CUAUGUAGUGUGUUGCUGUUGUACACCCGGACACACCGUUGUAGACUGAAGGAGAACUGUGAAAGACAACUGAAAGUGUGCUACAGUUUAAAUCUUGGAGCCGAGACCUUAGAGUGACGUUUGGCAUCAGAUUGUUGCAAUGAAAUCCAAGAAGAAGAAGAGACAGGAUGACUUCCAAAAGGUCAAGUUAAAAGUGGGAAAGAAGAAGCCCAGAGCUGACAACGCCACCAAUACAAACUUCCGAACGAAGGGAAUACAUCUACCUGAGCAGCUGAGGACGGACACCAGUGGUCCCACCACCCACAGACAGCUUGGCAUCAACGACCUGUUGUCCCAGCUUCACCAUUACAACGCCAACGUGAAACACAGUGCCUUGCUGGGUUUGAGAGAGCUGCUGUCCGUGAACCCGUCUCUGUUAGAGCAGCAUCUGUCACGUUUGCUCUCAGAGGUGGCUGCUGUGUUCACUGACAAGGAUGGAAACGUUCGUGUGGCCGCCACACGUGUGCUCAGGUAUAUUUCCCAGUCUGUGCCUGCGGAACGAGUGGCCCCCUUUUUCCCCCUCCUCAGUGCCCACCUGUGUUGUGCCAUGACUCACAUUGAGUUGGGCAUCCAAGAAGACGCCAUGAAGGUCCUGGACGUGCUGCUGGAGCACUACCCGGCCCUGCUCGCGGCACGGCCCGCCGUCCUCCUCACCAACUUCCUGGAGCUAAUCUCUCACAGGCAGAGCAGCACGGGCGCUAAAAAGGACCAGGAUCCCAAGGGACGCACGUGGGCCCUCUCGGUCAACCCCUGCAGAACCGUGACCAGCCAGCAGUGGCGCCUCUCCGUGCUCCUCAGGCUGGGACGUUUUCUCCAAGCGGUCGUGGAGGAAAGACCGGUGGAGGAUUGUGACACGUCCGUGCCGGCCGAGGGGCUUUUCGGCGUGAGCGGCGAGAGCAGGAUCACGCCUCUGAAUCUGAUCUGGGGAGAACUCGGGAACAGCAAGAUUGAAGUUAAGGUGUACGAGCAUUCCGGGAGUAAACCGACGCCGCAUUCCACUUUCAAACUCCGACCAGAGUCUGAACACGGAGGAGACGCGUGCGAAGGUUUGAACUCGGCCGAUGCUGUGCGGAGCUUCGCAGCCACGCUGGUCCCGCUCCUGCUGGAAGUGUGGGUGGAGGCCAACGCCAGCGAUUCGCCGAGCAGCAACUCCGAUGGGGGUCACCUGCUCAGGCCGGACGCCAUGUCGGUCAUGUUCCAGGUCUUGACGAUUUUGCAGCUGCUCCGCAAACUGGCACCACGGCAGGAGCAUCAAGACGCCCUGGAUGCGUGGUUCCGGAAAGAAUACUUGGGGGAUUUCAAGCAGUACUUCAUGAAAAACUUUCCCUACGGUCUUCAGGACACGCCCAAACAGAAAAAGAAGGUUAAUCUCAAAAGGGGUAUCCAUACGGCGUCGGCCCCCGAUGUGAGCGUGGACCCUCUGGCGUUGAACAUCACACUCUGCCAGGUCAUGGUCUCUCUGGGCCAGAGGCAGGGUGGCGGCCGGGAGGCGGACGGCGGCUGGCUGACACCUCUGAGGACGUUCGUGCGAGACACUCUGGGCGGCGACGUGAAGCUGAGCUACCGGCAGCUGCACAUGCUGCUCGGCACCGUGUGGAAAAUGGUGCUCACGCAAAAGAGCAAAACAGUGACCGAGGACCUGUUUGCGGCGGCGUAUGCAUACUACCAACAGAGGCACCUGACGCUGCAGACCAGAUCUCUCCUGCUGUCCUUCUACAGCAAGAUCUACCUCCACGAGCAAGGACAUUCACAUGUUGCCAGGAGCAAGGUGCUGGGCCAGUGGCUGGCGUCGCUUCCUGUGCAGUUGUCCCAGCUGGGCCACCGGAAUCCCGGUCUUUCCGCGUUGCUUAUCCAGUCCAUCCAGGCUGCGGCCUCCAGGGGCAACAAAGACCUGCUCAACAGUCUGCAGACGCAUGCCUGCAAGCUCUACGAUCCACAGGAAGGCGCUGUGGUUCUUUUGCCGGCAGAGUCCCAGCAGCGACUGGUGCAGCUGCUCUACUUCCUGCCCAAGAUGUCCUGCCCGCUUCUGGCCAACCUGAGCGGCUGCUGCACGGCCGGGCGAAUCUCGGCCGGUCUUGCCGGCUCGCUGAUUGGCAUUUUACACCUGAGGUCGUCUCUGAGUGGCUGGUCACUGGGGAGCCAGGAAGCGUCUCUGCAGGAUGUGGACUACAUCAGCUUCCUGUUCUCCACCCUGACGGGCUUCUCGUGCGACCAGCUCUCCCGCCUGGAGGCGUCCCGUGACGCCAGAGUUCCCGCCUCGCCUCUGUCGCCCCUGAAGCUUCACCGCACCCCGCUGGAGCAGUUCACGCACCGCUGGGACGUGGCUGAGGAAGUGUGUCACCGUCUGGAAACGCUGGGUUCCAAGACUCAGUGCUUUGAGAUCAUUCAAAAUGGCGUCCACGAGUACCUGACUAAGCUGAGGGUGGUGCCCGACAGCAUGGCGGCCGGUCUGCUAAGAGCCGUUUCCAGACUCACGGACCCGUCCCUGCUCCCGAUGGAACUGGUACUGCGCUUCCUGUCGCGGUGCUGCCUCAGCCUGCUGACUCAGCUGGUCGCCGAGCAGCAGGAGGCGCCCGACGACAGCCCCCACAAAAGGGAGGCGGUUUGGGCGGCGUGCGUGACGGCGCUGAGCACCGUGCCCCGCCUCCUGAGGAUGGUUUUGCAGAUACGUGUGGGGGAUUUGGCGGAAGAUGAGCUGCCCCAGCUGGGACGGGUGUUGACCAUGCUGCUGCAGCACACGCCGCUCACCAACCAGAUGAUGGCCAACACCGGUCUACUGCAAGAAAUAAUACAACACCUCACGAGGUACUCCCGCGGCGCGACCAGGGAGCAAUGGCUGACCGACCUGCUCUACUGUUACAGCGUCACCGUGGCCCACGGCACGUCGGCUCAGCGCGGCAACGUUCAAGACAUCUACUGACCGCACACACACACACACACACACUUUUACAGACCUCAAGGGCGGCUGCGCUUUGUACACGAGACAGCGGAACCAUGUUUGUAUUUUUUAUUGUGGUAAUAACACUUUUUUUUUUUUUUUUAAAUGUUGAAAACAACAGAAAAUAAAAGCAAUGAUACAAAUUUUGU